AUGUCCCAUAGCUCAGGCGAUCCGGGACGAGAACAGGAAAGGGUGAGCUCCCCUCACGAUCAUCGUACAAUUGCACACCGGCGAAAUCUUCCACAGGGGCCAGAUGCUGGAACUGUCCAAGCCAGGGUGCCAACUGGACAGAACUAUUCAAAUGGCCACAUCGGAGAGAUACUUCGCAAUUCCGACCGAACCCAUGGUUCACUAAACACGUUCGUACGCAGUAAUCCGCGAACGAACCAAGAUCAUCCUCGGUCAGCGGCGCGCCACCGUUUGUUUGUUGGUACUUCUUCCACGAUAAAAUGCCUGAUCGUGGUAGGAACUGGCGGCUCUCCACCCAACUUAACGGAGAUUAGUCCACGCUUCGAGUUCUUUGGUAUGGGUCCAGAUCAAGCCCUAGCAGUUAGCACACCAACCACUCCACCUCCAUAUUUUCCCACUCCCGGGGAAUUUGCUGUCAAACAGCCACCGCAUUUUGAACAUAUCUGA